AUGGUGCCAGGCGCAUCCGCAACAGCUGUGAGGUCGGCUGCCCGUGCCGCCGCCCCACCUGCCCGGCCCCUCAGCCUGCACCUCUGCGGCUCUGCUCAGGCAGUGACUACUCCUGCGGCGACCCUCCUCUGCUCCCCGAUCGGACGCGCGCUCCCAGGCGGUCCGGCGCUCCUCCUGACCCUCGGAUACACGGGCUAUGUGUCUGAGCUCGAAGCCAAGGCUCCGCUGGUCCUCGAGGCCGGGUCGUUGGGGACCACCCUCACGGUGGACCGGGGGAGCCCUAUGGAACCUUCUGGUCCAGCGGCCUCCAGGAAGGAAAGUGCUACUGGCAGGCAAAGGGGCUCGGAACCUCCGGAACUCUGGACUCCAUGUCCCUUCCCAAUGGCGUUUCCCCGAAUCGCGGGGCUGGUCUGGGGGGCCAGCGGCUCCUCCACGCAGCCGUCCAGUCCUGGAGACUCUGCCCUGGAUCAGAGCCGGGCGGCCCACCCCUGGGCUCUCUCUGCCACACCCAGGGGCCCCAGGGCCGCCCAGCUCCCCCUGAAUCCGCAUGAGGCCUCGCCCACCCGUCCUGGCCUCCGGGUGGAGUCUUUGUCUUCAAUGCCUGCUCUGACCUUGACAACCGUCAUCUCCGGUAACAAAAUAGACUCGGUGCCUUCUACUGAGAGAGUGUCCGGCGGAGCAGGGCACCCGCUCAGCCUGUUCACCGCUUCCCCCGGGGCAGAUCUUCAAGCCCUGAGCCGAGGGCCAGGCACCCGCUUUGCAGAGAAACACCUUUUGGGGAUGAAGCUGAACCUACAGCCACCGUAUAUAAAGCAGCUUAGGCCUGAGGACACAUCCCCGGGCCUAAUGUGCACUGCAGAUGCCGGUCGGCCCACCACGCACAGUGAGCGGGACGAGAGCGGCCCCCGUCACGUGCCUGAUGGCAACCAGGAGCUCAGGCCGCAUCUCCCUGGCAGCCGUCAGACCCACCAGCAGCUGGUGAAUGGUGCGUGGGUGCGAGGUCUGCCCUGCACUCUGCCCCGAGAAUCUCCACAGCCAAACGCUGCCUCCGUCCCUGCUGAGCUGCGCACUGUGACCGAGAACACAGACCACGGGGCCACAGAUGAUAUGCCUCCGGAGCCUACUCUGCUCAGCCAAGCUGCCGAGAGCAGCGUCUGUGUGGAGGAGAUGCAGGCGCCGCAGGUGCAGGAAGCCCCUGAGAAGAGCCCGCACCGAGCGGCGGGCUGCCUGCCCCCAGCCCCUCUGGGUCACCCUGCGGAGCCUCUGGCGGACUCAGAGCUCAGCCAGGGGCCCACGGCUCCACGGAAACUAGCUGCCCCCCAUAACGUGGGGCCCCGAGACAGCUGCUCCAGCCGGUCUGGGAGGACGGAAUCCAGGGCUGUGUCUGGGAGCCGGAGGGAAGAAGCCCCAAGAAUUCCCAAGCCCCCCUCACCCGGGCCGGCGAUCACCGCCGUCUCCCUCUGCCUGCAACAAAAGGCGGCCACGAGGCCCGGGCUGAGCACCGGCGCAGGGCUCGCCCGAGGACCUCAGGCCAGUGGCCCGGUCACCGGCCACCCAGGGUCCAAGAGCCCAGUGCCCUCGAGCCUCCCACGGGGGCGACAGCCUCCCCCUCCUGCUGUCUUCCUUCAGGGAACCUGUGAGGUGAACCAGCAAGGGACUCAAGAGGCGGAGCCACGGCAGAGGGCCGGCCUGGUCUCGGCACUGCUGUCCUGGGGCCCUGGCACCUUCGCCUGCCGGCCGUGCGCAUGCGGGGCUGCACCUGACGGGCAAGUGCUUCAGGUGACCCUGCCUCCACCCACCACGCUGCCCUCCCGCGCUGUCCCAGGCAGCCCCCACGACGCCCUCCCGCCGCACACUCACGUGGGUGUGCGUGUGCGUGGGCACGCGUGCGCAGUCUUGGCCGCAAAGUCACCUCCGCUCAGCCCCUUGGCGCAGGAUGGACUCCGCCUGUCCGAGAGCCCGUCUGUCCACACGGGGUGCCUGCACACAGCCGUGGUGAACGGGAAGUUAGGAAACCCUCCUUGCCUCCGUGCCAUCAGGCUGGGGUCUCAGCUUGGGGACAGCCAGCUGGCAUUUGAUGAGUGCCUCCCCGUCCACCUCCUGGACCCCCCCCCCCAAGCCCGCCUCCCCCCACGGCUCCUCACUGCCAUCCAGAUCAUGUCCACCCUCCUCAUUCUGGCACACAAGGCCCUCGCCCCCAAAUCCCAGGCGAGCCCACGGACGCGACGUGACAGCUCUGCAGCCGCGUCACUGCUUGCACCGUGCUUCCUGGCCAGCGGCCCCACGCCCGUCCACCGCCUGGGGAGCAGGCGGAGACUGUCCCUCCUGCUCCAGGCAGGAACCAACCAGUGUGCACAGGUGGACCGCGCGCUCCACGGACCCGUCCCGCCCAACGCCAGCCCCCUGCAAAGUACCUUCCUGGGCGUGUCCACCCCGCAGCCCCCAUCUCUCAGGUCAACUCAGCGCCUUGUUCCAGGAGGAGCCCCGCCCACCAUGGGGGGCUGCUGUCACCACCCAGUGGCCCUUGAGCCCUCCUCAGUGGCCCCCUCGCUGCAGGAUGCGCCCUGCAGCACCUUGGACGUCCUUGACAGGUGUGCUCCCCUCCCCUUUCCCUUCCUGAAGCGUCCCACAGCCAGGCACUCAGCAAACACCUGUGAGCGCUUGGCGGACACCGUCCUCGUCCUCGGCACUGGGGUACCAUCGAUGAAAUGUGGCCACAAAGGAUUUGUGGAAACGCCCAUGAAGAGGGAGCGUGCAGCCAGCAUACGCGCCUCGUCUGUCCACCCUGAGGUCCCAGCUGCCCUCGGACAGGCUAGCCGCCCCACACCUCGGUUUCCUCGGCUGCGGAACCGGGCGAACGAGGGCGCUCUGGACAUCCUGACAGCCCUGGCAUCUCUCCCUGGCUGCGGGAGCCCACCUGUGAGCGUGCUGCUGAGGGGCCUGCGUCAAGAGAGCUGGGCACGAGCUGGGUGCCGGGUGCUGGGAGCUGGCGCCUGCUCCUCCGGGGAGAGCUCUGUUGAACGAGCGACGCACCAAGGGUGGGAAUUGGGCCUGCGCACUGAGGACGGUGGUGCCGGAUCCCGAGCACACAGGUGCCGGGCUCGGGAAGCCCAGAGGCAGCAGGACGGCUGUGUUGCCCCCAGCCCCUCGGGGUCCAACUCCUCCUGGAGGCACCGAGGCAGCGGCUUUGGCUUCGGGAGGCGCGAGCAGCUCGGUUCCGGGCCCCCUGGAGGGCUGCGGCCAGGGGUGGGGCGGGCACCCUGA